CUCCCUCCCAUAUCGCUCCUCCGGGAUUCCAAUUGCGUCAUCGCCACCAUCGCAGACUUCCGAUCCCGUCGCUCCCUUCGACACCGAAGCAUCGCUUUCCUCGCUCUCUGUGCCUCUCUUUAGUAGAUUCGAUUCGCAAUCUCGAGUCGGAACCGGUGGCGGCGAUGGAGAGAGGAGAUCGAACUUGGACGUGUUUGGACACCGAUCCGAGCGGCUGGGUUCGCUGAUUCAGUGUGAAUCUUCGUGGGGACGAGUGGGGUCUGGGAUCGAGGGGAGAUGCGGCGGCAGGCGCCCGAGUUCCGGCGCCCGGCGAGGAGGCGCGUCCCCUGUUGGAUGUGGUCGUUACUUGGGAUCUCUUUCGUCGUGGGGGUGGUUCUCUUCUUCUUUCAGCACCGCCAGGACCAGCACGCCGCGCCUGUGCAGGAGAAGGGCCUGACCAAUGAAGAAGUUAUGCAUAUAAGUUUAAAUCUCACGCAGGAACUUUUAAGUAGCUCCUCCUUUGCCAGGCAACUUGCUGUUCAGAUGACCCUUGCUAAGGCAUACGUAGUGAUAGCCAAAGAGCAUAACAACCUUCAAUUUGCUUGGGAACUUAGCUCACAGAUAAAGAAUUGCCAAUGGCUGCUCUCUCAAGCAGCUGUGAGGGGUAAAAAUAUCACCGAAGAAGAAGCACAUCCGAUAAUCAAUCAACUAGCGCAGCUAAUAUUCAAGGCCCAAGACUUCCAUUAUGAUGUAAGCACCACUAUAUCAACGUUGAGGAGCCACGCUCUUGCCCUUGAAGAGCGUGCAAAUUCAGCAAUAGUUCAGAGCGUCCAGUUUGGUCAACUGGCUAUGGAAGCUAUGUCCAAAAGUCUCCAUUGUUUAAGCAUGAAGCUAACAGAGGAGUGGUUCAGAAAUCCAGCACUUGAAAGAUUUUCCGAUGAAAUGAGGAAUUCUCCUCGGCUUGUGGACAACAACCUAUACCAUUUCUGUAUCUUUUCUGACAAUGUGCUGGCAACUUCUGUUGUCAUAAAUUCAACUGUCUCGAGUGCUGACCACCCUCAACAGCUUGUGUUUCAUGUGGUAACUGAUGAGGUUAACUACUGGGCCAUGACUACUUGGUUUCUCAUGAAUGAUUUUAGAGGGUGUACAGUAGAAAUCCGAAGCAUAAAGGAGUUUUCCUGGUUGAAUGCCUCUUACUCUCCUCUAAUUCGACAGUUAUUUCAGGACAGUUUGAAAGACCAAAGUGGGGAAAUGAAUUUUAAGGAUCUAAGAUUUGAGUCUCGGUUGAACCACUUACGUUUCUACAUCCCACAGUUAUUACCACUAUUGGAAAAGGUACUGUUUCUUGAUGAUGACAUUGUGGUGCAGAAGGAUCUAACCCCUCUAUACACUGUGGAAUUGCAUGGCAACGUUAUGGGAGCUGUGGAGACUUGUCUAGAGGCAUUCCAUCGGUUCUACAAGUAUCUGAAUUUUUCCAAUCCAAUCAUCAACUCAAAGUUUGAUCCUCAGGCAUGUGGAUGGGCAUUUGGGAUGAACAUUAUUGACCUCAUAGCAUGGAAAAAGGUAAAUGUUACCGCCAAAUAUCACUACUGGCAGGAACAGAAUGCUGAUCGGAUGCUCUGGAAGGCAGGGACACUUUCUCCUGGCCUCCUCACAUUUUAUGGGUUGAUUGAGCCCCUUGACCGGAGAUGGCAUGUAUUAGGACUGGGAUAUGACAAAGAUAUUGAUGAUAGGUUGAUUGAGAGUGCAGCUGUUGUGCAUUACAAUGGGAACAUGAAGCCCUGGCUGGAGCUGGCUAUCGGACGAUAUAAGCAUUUAUGGGAAAGAUACAUCAACUUUAGACAUCCAUCAAUUACAGGUUGCAUCAUGCACUAAGAUACAUUGGUUCUGACACAUGGUUGUCUGGAGAUUAUCUUUAGUAUUCUCAUGGUCAAGUUCAGUGUCCAUUUUUCAAGCCUUACCUGUUGAAGGAGAAAAGGUCAGGCGCUAUGACCAGGCAGCAUAGAUAUACUAUAUCUUGUAGAAAUCAAUAAUUCAUUUUGGAAGAUGUAAUAGUUGCUUGUUAGAUCAUACAUUUUUGGACCAUAGUUUUUCAAGGAAAGUGGAUGAUCUAGAUGGAAUUUGUAAAAGAAAGAUACACUAGAACCAGUUUUUUCUGUUACUCCCUAAAUUCAGGACUCAUAAUGUUGUAACCUGAUUUGAUCUAUUCCUUUUGCGAGUCUGCAUGAAUGCCAUACCAUGCUUAUGAUCAUACCUUUUCUAAA